UGAUAAUGAUGCUUUGUCAACAAUAUAUAUAAUUUCAUAAUAAAAUAUAGGAUGGUUAUAAGAUUUUUUAAGGAAAGAAAAUUUAAAACGGCAAGUAUCAAAAAAGCAAAUGGCAAUAUUAUAUAUGAAGAAACAGAUGUAGCAAAAUGUUGGAAAACGUACUUAGAGCAACUGUAUUGCGAAGAAGAUAUGACAAUAGACGCAGAGAUAGAAGAAGAAAAUCAGAGUAACACGGAAGAAGUAAAUCAGAGUAUAAUGAGAGAAGAGUUUGAUAAAGCAUUACUGGAGCUGAAGAACAAUAAAGCACCCGGAGUUGAUGAAAUUCCAGCGGAACUUAUAAAAAUUGUGGAGAAAAUAACAAAAAGAUAAUUUAUGAACUGAUCAAUAAAAGCUAUGAAACUGGCAAGCACCGAGAGAUUUUACAAAGUGCAUAAUUGUACCAACUCCAACAAAAACAAUGGCAAAAAUAUGUGAACAACAUAGAAGAACUAAGUUUAAUAUUGCAUGUGUCAAAAAUCCUUAUCCUAAUUGUAUUAAAGAGAAUGGAACAAGUAAUAGAGGGACUGCUAACUAAGGACUGAUUUGGCUUUAAGAGAGGAAAAGGCACCAGGAAAGUUAUUUUGGCAAUAAGACAAGUUAUUGAAAAGCAGAAUAGAAAAAGAAAAACAACUUUUAUAGCUUUCGUCGAUUUAGAAAAAGCCUUUGAUAAUGUGAAAUGGAAAACGAUAUUUAAAAUCUUGAAAAGAGUCUGGGUUACAUAUAAGGAUAGAACGAUAAUCAAAAGCUUGUACUAACAAGAAAUAGGAGUAGUCCGAUGUGGAAAUAGCCAGGAAGAAGCAAAAAUAAGGAAGGGAGUGAGGCAGUGGUGCACACUGUCUCCAUCACUUUUUAACCUGUAUGUACAAGAAGUGAUAAAUAAAGUAAGAGAAGAAAUUGAAGCAGGGAUAAAAAUAAAUGGUGAAAGAAUAGAUAUGCUAAGAUUUUCAAAUGACAUAGCAGUAAUAACAGAAAAUGAGGAGGAUCUAUAGAAAAUCUUAGAAAUAAUGAACUAAACAAUGAAAAAUGAAUACAAUACAGUAUGAAAAUAAACAGGGCAAAGACUAAGUCCUUGUUUGUAGUGAAGGAACCCAAACUCAAAUUACACCAGAGCAAGUGAAUGAAUAAAAAUACUUGGGAAGUAAGAUAACCGAGAACGGCCGUAGUACCAGGGAGAUCAUAAGUAAAAUAAACCAGGCUAAAUGUGCAUUUCAGAGCAAGAAAAAUAUGUUUAUAUCUAGAAAUAUUGAUAUAAGUGAGGAAAAAUCUACUAAAGGCUUAAGUUUGGACCGUAGCUCUGUAUGGAAGUGAAACUUGGACUAUAAGUAAAACGGAAGAAAAAACACUCCUAGCGUUCGAGACAUGGUGUUACAGAAGGCUACUUAGAAUAAGCUGGACAGAACACCUAACAAAUGAAGAAGUUUAUCGAAGAGUCGGAGCAACAAGAAGCCUUCUGAAGAUAUUAAAAACAAGAAAACCCAAGUUAAUAGGACACACAUUGCGGCAUAACAGUCUACUUAGCAUGAUAAUAGAAAGUGCCUUUGAAGGGAAUGACAACAGAGAUUACAUGGAUUACAUUAGUUAAAUAAUUAGAGAUAUGGACUGCAGAUCUUAUUGCGAAUUAAAAAGGAAAGCGGAGAAGUGCCAGGAAUGGAAAAUUGCCGCCAACCAGCCUUUGGGAUGUUAACAUAAAAAAAAAUAAUUAAAUAAUUAAAUUUAUAUAUUUUCAUUAAUAAUAA